GGGAAGCAAGGACAGCGAAGCAGGAAUGAUGAUUCCCAGCCUGGACAAUCCUCUGAGUCCAGGGAAUCUGACUGGUUUGGGGAUGAACUGUCUUCUGUCUCCAAAGUAUAGACACUCAGGACCUGGUCUCACCAGUCCUCAGGAGUACAGCCAGUGGCUGCCUUACCGCCACCAUGCCAGUCUGCUGCCCAUGAAGGAGGACCUGGCUCUCUGGAUGAACAAGAUAAUGGGAGUGAUCCUCACAGCAGACAAUCUGUUAGAUGAGUUGGAUAACGGUGUUCUCCUCUGUCAGCUGGCACAGCGGCUCCAAAACAAGAUGAUUCACUUCAACAGCAGCAAGCCUUUUGUCCGACGAGUGAUCCACUGGCGAGCUGACGCCACUUCUGGAUCCUUUUUUGCCCGAGAUAAUACCGCCAACUUCCUCCACUGGUGUCGACGGAUCGGCAUUGAUGAUGCCCAUCUUUUUGAGUCAGAGGAUUUGGUCCUUCACAAGCAGCCCAGGGAGGUGUGCCUGUGCCUGAUGGAGCUAGGACGCAUCGCAGCACGGUACGGCGUGGAGCCACCGGGGCUGGUGAAGUUGGAGAAAGAGAUAGAAAGGGAGGAGGCGGGGUGCUCGUCGCCAUCAUCUCCUCUUUCCUUUUUUCCUCCAACAUCCUUGUAUUCACCCCCCUUACCCCCUGCCUCCCCCUCUCCUACUUCAUCCCUCUUUCCCAGCUCAACCCAUCUUCCUGAACCUCUCUCCUCCUCUGUGUCCUCUGAUCUUCCAUCAGCCACAUCAGACCCGGCUCGCACACCCUCACCCCCUCCUCAGCUCUCCCUCUCAGCCUCUAACCUUCGUACAACCACAGCUUCAACACAGACCCCUUUGUUCUCCUCAUCCUCUACUACUAACACAUCUGCUCCAGCUCCGACAUCAGGCAAAACUCUGCUAUCUGCUAUCGAUGUCUGCCCUGCAACAAUAAACAAACCUGCAGCCACUCCUCCCAUUACCUCUCAAGCUGCAACACAAACUCCACGUUUAUCCAACAAAUCCAAAACCCGGAGAAGUUCGAGCGCCAGCAAUCUGGAUGAUAUAGUGAAAAGUAUGAUUGAAACCCCUCCCUGCAGCUGUCCCACCAAGUUUCCUGUUGAAAGACAACCUAAAGGUUGCUACCGUGUUGGAGAUAAAGUUCUGUUCAUACGGAUGUUAAAUGAGCGUCAUGUGAUGGUGCGUGUUGGCGGAGGUUGGGAGACAUUUAUGUGUUACCUGCAGAAACACGAUCCCUGCAGAGGAGGAGGUGUGGGGACACUGGCCAGACCUAUGGUCGAGGUCUGCAGGGGCAAAGCGAGGCCAUCUAGUCUCAACAUCUCACCAGAUAGUUACAUGGUGGUCGGAGCUCAUUAUCGCGGGAAGAAAUAGACUCCGACUGAUUCUGGCUUCAGCUUAACCUGAACAAACGGAACCUAAUCCGUGAUUUGUAACAUCCAUACGAGGUUUGACAACAGAUGUUUUUCAUAAAUCUAAAAUUUUAUUUAUAUAUAAAUAUAAAUAUAAAUGUUCACUUGAAGAAGUCAGAGAUGAUCAUGGAGGCGGUAAUUGUGACAUAAUGUAUAAUUUAACUACUUUGUAUUUUUAACAGAAACAGAUUUGAAGUAUCAUGCAUUGAUUCUUUUCAUCUUUAACCUUGUUAUAAAUAAACUAACAUUUACAAAA